AUGGCCCGCUCGAGCAUUAAUAAAAUGCCGCCAUCGCCUCUACUAGUUCCCGACCCGGAUACUAUUAGCAUCAAGGCCAUUCUGUCGCCCUCGGUAGACACGGCUCGGCCCAGGGGAGCUGUUACCAGCACCCGACCCCGACCGCGUAAGCGGCCCCGAGGUUCGUCCCCACAUGUUAUUAUCGGACAGAAUGCUAUCAGCCGCUUGCGCGCCGUGCUGGCUAGGCUACACUUGUCUGCCCCUCUCAUCGUGUCUAAUUCCUCCUGUUUGAGCCUCUCAAACCGGAUCCAAUCCUUAAUCCGCUGCAUGGAUUCUCGGGUUGCCACGGAUAAACUCUCAGCCGUCGCAUCUGUUACUAGAUCCGACUGUGUCAUCAGUGUGGGCGGCGAAUUUGCUCAUGCUCUGGCCCAAUCUGUCGGCUUAGGAGACAGAAUCCCUCAUAUAUGCAUACCCACGACGUACAGUGGCAGAGACCUUGUUGGGCGCUCUGAACGUUUGCGCUACACAGACAACAAAUCAAUUGCUGACGUUGCCACAAAUCAACUCAAGCUUCACCCAACCGUCAUCAUCUAUGAUGAGAAUCUCACAAAGUCCACUACUGCUCCACUCACAGUAUCGUCUGACAGAGAUGUGAGGGAGGCUUCGCAACGACCGCAACGAGAUCCCGAGCGAGAAGCGUCAUGCUGGAACUUUCUUCAGCUCCCCGUUAUUUAG